CUUCUGGAGUCUGUUUAUCUCUGACUGGAACGAUACCACGGCUAAUGCCGACUCUACGCCUCCGAGCGAAACUGAUGGAUGAUGUCUCGGUGAUUCGGUCCACCUCUGGAAAAGCCGUCUCUGACGGACACACGGGGAAGGUAAAAAUGCAAAAGUGCGAGGAAAGCGCGAUUACACAGUAGUGGAUCAAAAGUGAGUUAGCCGCGUGAUGAAACACGGACUAUUUACAGGGUCGCAGAUGAUUUCCACGGUGGUGUAUUAUGGUUUUAACACGCGCUGAAUCUCUGCGAAUCCGAGCUGACUGGAGCCAUGAAUCUCCUGAUGUAAAGCUGCUCCUCCAGAGCCACUUUUCAAGCCUACAGACAUUGAGGAUUUGAUACUUAGAAGAUUGAUUUUUGUGAGUUAUUGCUGUAAGAGCCCAUCUGCUUAGACAGAUUAUCCUCAAAACGCAGGUGUGUUAUGGAUCACUCUGAUGUCCCUCCAGAAAAUAACCUCCAGACUCCACUGUUUCUCUUUUUUCCCAAACAGGCAGCCCUCCUGUAGUUAUCUGUUGUCUUUAGAGCGUGCAGUAAAAUAUGAACCUCCUCUCUGAGAAAGAAAGAGAGAGAGAGAGAGUUAUAGAAAGCCGAGCUUAUGUGCUCUGGGAGGUGGAGCGUGUUAUGGCCUGUCUGAAAACUUCUGCAAAGUUUGGCUUUAAACUUUAACAGACAAAUGACCAAAGCUACAUACGAUAACUCACGGAGGAGCGAGGGCGUCAGUGGACUACAGUAUCUCUCUCACACACACACAUAUACACACACACACACACACACACACACACACACACACACAGAGGAACCAGAAGCUGCUGAAGAAGCAUCACUCAGACACCUCAAGCUGUUAAUUUCCUUCCUGUCUCGAUACGAGCAGCCAACUGUGAAAUGUUAUAAAAGGAACAUCAGUGUGUGUCCGCUGAGCACAUGAACAAACACACACACAUGCACAAACACACACACACAUGCAUUACUAAAAUCACUCCUCCUCACUUCCUCGUAAACACAUUAUGCUUAAAAGUAUUCAUGGGACCGUCUCUGUGCCAGCGGUACAUGUUAGUGUGUGAGUCUGUGUGUGUGUGUGUUUGUCAGCUUGUGUCCCUCUUUGUGUGUUUGUUUGUGUGUGUUUUGGUGACGGAUUUCGGGAGGUCGAACCUAAUGGAAACGCUGCUCUCCUGUUCUCCAGGUUCCUGCUGUGCAGACAAAGAGAGAAAGACAACCUCUGCUGCGACGGGAGGAGCAGAAAUUGAGAUAA